GAUGCUUGCCUUCUGGUUGCCGCAAAGACGGAGACUGACAGCGAAGCUGGGACUGGUAGCCGCGCCCGAUCAAGGUCCCCAGCUCGUGGCUCCAAGUGCAGGGUCCAGACAUCAGCAAGCUGCAAUGACAGAGCUCUUCCGGAAGCACAGAGGCUAGGCGACAUUUGGGCAGUUCAUGCGGAGGCACUGCACGGCGAUGCGGUUCUGUCCUGCGAAUAUCCGCUGUCGAGCCGAGAGGACGAGCACUGCUUUCGCUGCUUUGCCUUGGGAUCCCAUGUCCUCCGCAUCAGGGAGGAGAUCUCCAGCGCUGAGAUGCCCACAGGGGGACAUCUUUGGGAUGCUGGCGUCGUCCUGGCUCACUGGCUCACAACCAUGGGGCCCAACGCCGCAGAACUGCGGGGGAAGGCCGUCCUCGAGCUCGGAAGUGGCUGUGGGCUGCCCGGCAUCGUGGCAGCACAUCUCUUCGCUUCGAGGACGGUCUUCACGGACAGGCAGCCGGUUCUGCAGCUGGUGAAGCAAAAUGUCGCGACGAACUGCCCGAAUCAGAACACCAGAGUCCUGGAGCUGGAUUGGGUGAAGAAGGAGCACUGGCACCAAGUCAAAAGCCAGUGUGGGGAUGCCUUCGACAUUAUUUUGAUGUCAGACCUGCUCUAUACAUCAACGGCUGCCUCGAAGGUCAAGGACGCCCUGCUCUUCUUCUCGAAGCCUGGAACCCUGAUUUUCCUGGCGCACAAGCCCCGCAUGGAGUCCCCCGGCUCGCCGAGCGAGCCCUGCAACCCGCUGGCGCUGGAGUCCACCCUGGGCCCAUGGUUCGAAUCCACCC